AUGAGCUUGAAUACGUGUAACCCGCUUGAUGAGCGUCAUCAAAGCUCUUUAGAGGAUAAUUCGACGUCAUAUUCAUCGGAUGAAAAUGAGCAAAGCUGGAUAUCAUGGUUCUGCGCCUUAAAAGGAAAUGAGUUUUUUUGCGAAGUUGACGAAGAGUACAUUCAAGACGACUUUAAUUUAAGUGGUCUUAGCUCGGUGAUCCCUUACUAUGACUACGCCCUCGAUAUGAUAUUGGACAUCGAAAGUCCUAAUGGUAGCAAGCUGACUGAACAGCAACAUGAACUUGUGGAAUCUGCGGCGGAACUUCUCUAUGGCCUCAUUCAUGCUCGAUACAUAUUGAGCAGUCGUGGUAUGAUAUCGAUGUUAGAAAAGUUUAAACAAAGCCAUUUUGGAAGGUGCCCUCGCAUUGCGUGCAACAACCAGUCAUGCCUUCCAGUCGGUACAUCCGAUAUUUUUCGCACAGCUACUUUAAAAAUAUUUUGUCCAAGCUGCCAGGAUUUAUAUUUUCCACGGAAUAAGUUUCAGGGAACUAUUGAUGGCGCAUAUUUUGGAACGACGUUUCCACAUCUUUUUCUAUUGACUUACCAGCAUCUUCAACCAAAGAGAAUUAAAUAUAAUUAUGUGCCACGAAUAUUUGGUUUUAAGGUUUAA